CAGGUAUUUCAUGCAUGGUCUAUGCAAAGAAGGGGACAACUGUCGAUAUUCCCACGAUCUGACCAGCAGCAAACCUGCAGCCAUGAUUUGCAAGUUCUUUCAGAAGGGGAACUGUGUGUUUGGGGAUCGUUGCAGCCCCCAGGGCCAGAGAGAGUGCAUUGCAUAACGCUCUCCAUGUCCCUGUUUCCCUGAGCUUGCCACCCCCUCCUGUGCUGUUGCUUGGUUCCUCAAGUUAAUUCUGCGGCAGCACCCUUGUCUCUGAUUUAUGUUUGACCACUGUAAACCAGCAAAGGACGAGGAGUUUCCAACCCCACAAACGCUGCCGCUGCCCUCUGCCUCGCUGGCCAGCUCGUCAGACCCGGAACCCAGUGGGUUAACACCUGGUUCAGAGGCACAAGACUGGGUCAACGCUGCUGAGUUUGUUCCUGGACAGCCGUACUGUGGAAGGGCUGAGCCAGUGGACCCUGAGAGCAGUGCCCCUCUCUUAGAGACCUUGGACGGUAAGGCAUCGCAGGGCGACAAAGAACUGAAGAAGCAGCUCUGUCCAUACGCAGCCGUUGGAGAGUGCCGCUACGGAGUCAACUGUGCCUAUCUCCACGGCGACGUGUGUGACAUGUGCGGCCUCCAGGUGCUCCAUCCUACCGACAACGCCCAGCGUUCCGCGCACACUAAAGCAUGCAUCGAGGCCCAUGAGAAGGACAUGGAGAUUUCAUUUGCCAUCCAACGCAGCAAAGACAUGAUGUGUGGUGUUUGUAUGGAAGUGGUGUUUGAGAAAGCCAACCCAAGCGAGCGCCGAUUUGGCAUCCUCUCCAACUGCAGCCACUGCUACUGUCUAAAGUGCAUUCGUAAGUGGAGGAGUGCCAAGCAGUUUGAGAGCAAAAUCAUCAAAUCUUGUCCGGAGUGUCGAAUCACAUCAAACUUUGUCAUCCCAAGCGAGUACUGGGUGGAGGAUAAGGAGGACAAGCAGAAACUCAUCCAGAAAUACAAGGAUGGCAUGGGGACCAAACCGUGUCGAUACUUUGAUGAAGGUCGUGGAACCUGUCCUUUCGGCUCAAAUUGCUUCUAUAAGCAUGCCUUUCCGGAUGGACGGCUGGAGGAAGCGCAACCCCAGCGAAGACAGACCGGAUCCAACAGCAGAAAUCGGAACUCAAGACGAACACCGCUGUGGGACAUCUUCGAUGAACGGGAAAGCACCGACUCAUUUGACAACGAGGACGAGGAGAUGGUGACGUUUGAGCUGAGCGAGAUGCUUCUCAUGCUUCUUGCUGCAGGAACCGACGACGAGGUGACAGAUUCAGAGGAUGAAUGGGACUUGUUUCAUGAGGAGCUGGACGAUUUCUAUGAGAUUUACCUAUAGCAGCGCAGCCCACAAACCUCCACACCCCCUUUAUGUAUACUAGACUCUAGAAUGGACUGUCUUGUGCGAGUGAUGGACAGUAGCUUUUUCCCCGCCCUCUGUAUUGUGGCAGUGCUUUGUAGCAGGCCAUAAAUAAAUGAACUUUUAAAAGAAGAAAAAGUCCAACAAGUGUGCUCGUGCUAAACAUUUCUUAGACAGCUAUCCUCGUGGGUCUAUCUUGUGCAAUUCAUGUUAAAAUGAAAAAAAUGACAGUCAAUAUAAGAUUUAAGUCAAUAUAAGAUUUAACAAAUUAUAACUUUCUUCAAAUAUUGCUAAUAAACAUUGUCAAGUUUCUUUGUGGGUGUGGGUUUGACUUGUUAAUCAUCUACCAAGGUGUUAAUAUGUACUUCUGAGACUGAGGAUGCACUCUUACUUAGUUGGCAAUUUACUGUAAUUGUGAUUUAGCAUGAUUUAAAAGUGCUUUUUUGCCCUUAUUAGUUACUCAUAGCAAUAUACUGCGCUGAUGUUAAAUACACUCACCAUAAUCAUUCAUGUUGUACUGAAAAGUAUUUACCGUGCCCCCCCCCCUUCAUGGUUCUAAAGUCAGUCAUGAGUUGAAAAGACAAAUGUAAUUAAAGACAAACUGUCCAUCAAAGCCCAGACAAUGGAACUCAUGUAGCGUUGGUGGCUGUUUGACACGUGACCCUGUUUUUUUUGGUUGGGGGGGGGGUUGUAACUUACUCAUUUCAGCAACUAAAAGUAAUUUUCUUAGUGAUAAAACACUAAAAUGAAUUGAGCACACUAAUUUGAUUCCACAAAUGUUUCUGUUUUCAAUGCUGCCGCUUGUGACGGAAAUCUAUACUAAACAAAGUGUGCUCCCCUAUCUGCCAGGCAGCUGUGAAGCCGGCCCAUUCUGCUGUAAUGCAUACUAUGAGUGUGUGUGUGACACAGAUUGCAGAUUUAGGACCCUGAUAUAUUAUAUAAGAAGUCCUGGAACUUGGCAUGGGUAAGACCUGAGUGGCCCUCAACUUCCUCUUCUCACUCUCUCUUUAUCCUCAGAAUAGUCAACAAAGCUUUAAGCCAUUAGAAUGAAAAAUGCUUUUUCCUUGAUCUGGGUCCACACAACUGUCAAAUAAAAGAAAAUAAAGAAAUGUAAAGUUAGCUGAGCAUAUAGAAAUACCUGUGGUACCAAGUCCUUCCCCGGAACCAGGCUAUGAGUCCGCUCUAAUAACUCUUUCAGCAGUGUAGAGAAUUCCAGAGCUGAGAGACUUUUCUCAGUGUUAAUUGCAGGUUCUCUUCUGCUGAGAGGUUCUUCUACUGACUUUUAGUAGCCAGUUUCAACCUGUUCAACUCCAUGUGAAUGCAUAUGUUUAUACUGAAAUGUGUGUUUUCUAUGUUCCACAGCCAUCCAUCUCAACUUGAAAUUAAAGUUUAUUAUCAAUCCAC